AUGGUUCUUUGCUACACUAUGGCCAUGGGCCUCAACAAGGGCCACAAGGUAACCAAGAACGUGAGCAAGUGCAAGCACAGCCACAGGCUGACCAAACACACCAUGUUCGUGUAGGACAUGAUCUGGAAGGUGUGUGGCUUCGCCCCGUACGAGCGGCAUGCCAUGGAGUUACUGAAAGUCUCCAAGGACAAACAGGCCCUCAAAUUCAUUAAGAAAAGGGUGGGGACACACAUCCAUUACAAGAGGAAGAGGGAGGAACUGAGCAAUGUCCUGGCUGCCAUGAGAAAAGCUGCUGCAAGAAAGACUGAGCUCCCCCGUUCCUGCCCUCCCCCUGAAAUAAACAGCUAG